CUCCUCUCCAGAAACCAGAAGGACCAGUCCACCGCAGACAUGGCAGCCGAUCGGACCGGACCGAGGCUGGAGGUUCAUUCAUCAGAUUUGGACCCGUUUGAGGACCAGGGCUGUAACAUCUCCAAGAGACAAGCCCGGGUCACCGUCAAAUACAACAGGAAGGAGCUGCAGAGGAGACUGGACGUGGAGAAGUGGAUCGACGAGAGCCUUGACCGGCUCUACUGCGGCCAGGAGGACAGCAUGCCACAGGAGCUGAACAUUGAUGAUUUAAUCGACCUGCCCAACGAUGAGGAGCGGGUCAAGAAAUUACAGGAAGUUCUUCAAAACUGCAACAACAACACAACUACCUUCAUCAGAGAGCUGGUGGAAAAGCUGGAGGGAGUCCACAAGCAGGACGAGCUACAGAGCGAAGGCAUCGAGCAUCCGGUCAUCUGCCACAGCCAUUACCGCCAUGAGCCUUACCACUUCAACAACCCCCCCAACACCCACCCCCACUUCCACCAUACCCGGGGUCACAACCAGACCUUCUAAUGACCCCACAGUAACGCACGCAUAUUCACAACACAGAAGCAUCCGAAUGACUCUAGUGUCCCAUUCAUGAUGGACUAUGACGAUAAAACACCCUAAAUGCUAAAUAUUAGUAAUAUACCUCAUGCAGGAUGUGACUUAGCAAAAAUUAAACAUGAGUUAGAGUGAAACUACACUUAAAAUUAAUAAAACAUUAAAGGGCUCACUACAUCUACAUUUUUCCACUGACAUUGUGCUUAUAUGUAUUGAUAGAAUAUAACUACGAACAAUUCUUACCCAAGUGUGGAAUAAAUAAAUAUACUUUCAGGUACUUGUA